AUGUAUAGCAGCUCCAACGUCAUCGCCAUGAGGAAGGUCGUGAAGCAUCUCCGGCUCCAGGCCGGGCUCCACCACUUGAAGGUUUCUCAAGCUGCUGCCGAUCUGAAACAGUUUUGCCUGCAAAAUGCUCAAAAUGAUCCCCUGCUGACUGGGGAAUCUUCCAGUACUAAUCCUUUCCAGCCCCAGAAAGUCUGUUCAUUCCUGUAGCAAGAUGAUCUUAAGCUACUUGGGAAGGAUCU